AUGCAGCCGAUCUUCGCACUAAUUUCGAACUCAUCGGUCCUUCAGCGGACGUUCGCGGCGGCGUCUGAAAAGUCACAAGGGAGUUCGGUGCAGGUGCCAAGUUCCCUUGACUCUGCAGGGGGCGCAACUACAUCGGAGGGGGAUGACCACUCCAGCGGGACCAUGCCGCUGAUCGUGCGAGUUACCAAGAGCGGCACAGAGCCUCUACAGGGGGGCCCGCCGGUGUCGCCUCCUCGACGCGUCAGUGAAAUCCCCGAGUCUUUUCAAAAGUGCCCGCCGUCCAUACCAUGGAAGCCUCGGUUUUUCACUAGCUCUGCCGGCUCGCAGUCGCCGUUGGGAGUGGAAACACACCUGUCUACACCUGUCCUCAGCAACGCCAGAUCCAGCAGCCCCGUGUACAACUCGCCGUGCAGUUCGACAGAGCAAACCAAGGAGCAAGACAGUUCUACCAAAAGCUCCUCCUUGACGUUCAAGUGGGUGGAAUGCGAUACGAGCCUGUCAAGCUUGUCGGUCAGCCAAGAGGUCGAAUGGGUCGAGCAGAAGCAGACGAACGCCUUCUUUCGUGUGACGCCGCGCAGCGGGGAGUUUGUGCCGCUGAUUGAGUGGCUGCUGCGCCGCGGCGAGCGCGGCGACGUCGGUGCACCGGCGGCAUCGCAGGAGGACGGCGGCGAGUGCACGCAGGCUCACUUCUUCAGCGAGGACUACCUCAUGAGGUUGUGCGCCGCGGCGACGGCGGUGCUGGAGAAGGAGCCAGCGGUGCUGGAGUUGGAGGUGCUGGAACACGACACGCUGGUGGUGGUGGGCGACAUCCACGGCCAGUUCCAGGACCUCUACACGAGCGUGCUCUGCCAGCAGUACGACCGGCACCAGUGCAACCUGGACGGACGCGACCGCCGCUUCCUGUUCAUGGGCGACUACGUGGACCGCGGCCCGCACAGCCUGCAGGUGGUGCUGCUGCUGCUGGCGCUGAAAGUGGAGUACCCGACGCUGGUGUACCUGAUGCGUGGCAACCACGAGGAGGAGAGGACGUCGCGGGUGUACGGCUUCCUGACGGAGGUGACGUCGUCGCUCGGCGCCGCAACCGGCGCGGCGGUGUGGAGCGCCGUGAACAAGGUGUUCCUUCACCUGCCGCUGGCUGCUAUCGUGCAGUCACUGUAUAUGCGCUUCUUUGUUACUCACGGCGGCCUCUCGCCAACCUUGCAGAAGGUGGAUGAUAUCUCGAGGAUCGAUCGGCGCAACUACAGCUGCGGCAACAUCACUGCUGAUGAGGAUGACAUUAUCACGGGCCUUCUCUGGUCAGACCCCACGAACGAGGUGACCAUGUAUGAUCGGAACCCUCGCGGCUGCGGCUUCCUGUUUGGCACAUCAGCCUCGUACACGUUCUGCGCUGACAACAAAUUUGAUUUUAUCUGCCGCGCACAUCAGGUGACGAUGGAGGGCUACAUGUGGAUGCACAACCAUCACGUCGUGACGGUGUUCUCCGCCCCAAAUUACUGCGGCGUGAACAGGAAUAAAGGCGCCGUGCUUGUUGUAAAGGGGCGCGCCUGGAAACCCAUCUUCGAGCAGUACGACAGAGCUGACAAGGAUGAGAAGGCGCUGGCCCGCAAGGAGGACUUCGCGUUCGCGGCUAUGUUCAUGUAG